UUCUUUUGUCAUGAAAUGUAAAUAAAUACAAAAAAAAAAUUAUGAAUUGAAUGAGAAAAUUCGUGCACAAAAGAAAAUGAAAAGUAAAUAAAAUUAUUUUUCCAAUGCCGACCUACAUAACUGAGCGGAGGAAUUAAAAGCAGGUCAAUGUCCUUCCUGUACGAGAAUUUGUGUGUAAAAUAUUCUAAAUAACAAUAAAUAGCAAAAAAAAAAACAUAAAUAAAUGUAAAAUUUUAAGCAAUAGCAGCGAAAUAACACAAAACAUGAAAAAUAACACUUUACUAACAAUUACUCGGAAUUUACAAUUCAAUUUUAUUGUUAUUCUACUAUCGCAUGCGAUAAAAUCCUCCAUCGGGCUCCAUUUGACGGGCAUUGCGGUACCGACAAUUGCCGAUGUUCGUGAUUCCGUGUCGAUGUCGUGCAGUUACAAUCUGGGCUCAGACAAGCUGCAUUCCGUCAAAUGGUACAAAGAUGACAGGGAAUUUUUUCGCUACGCACCGUACCAAGAACAACAAGUAAUGAUGUUUCCAGCUGUCGGUGUUCAUCUGACAAAGGAGCCGUACGAUCCGUACGAAUGCGGACGCACCAAAUGCCGUAUCACACUCGAUAAUUUAAGUGUCGGCUCAACAGGCACCUACAAGUGCGAAGUGUCUGGGGAUGCACCGACAUUUCCAAUUGUGUUCGAGGCAUCGAAUAUGACGGUGAUUGCACUGCCGAGAAUUGAUCCCGUAAUUAGUGGGCUGGGAUAUCGAUAUGAGAUUGGAGACUUUGUGGUAGCGAAUUGCACGUCAGAUAUUUCGUUUCCGCCAGCGAUACUCAAUUGGUAUAUCAAUGAUAUUCGGGCGCCGCACGAAUGGGUUCAAGUUUUGCGCGAACAAGUUUCAGUCGCUGACGGUUUUCGGGUUUAUUCGCGCAGUUUGGAGCUGAGAUUUAGACUUUUCCGGAAGCUUUUCGACGAAAAUAAUUCGAGGAUCAAACUUCGAUGUGUCUCGAAUAUUCGAGAAGUACCGCGAGCCAUUCGAGAGUCUGUGGCGACAAUUCACGUUCCUUCCAUGGAUGAACUGACGAACCAAAAGUUGAUCACAUGGAGUUCAGCAGACCAAAAAUUUACUCGUCUCUCUGCCAAAAAACGCUUCUUCUUCUUCGAAUUGCAAAAGUCUAAUCAAGACGAAACAACAAAAACUGCCGAUGAAGAUGCAACUUUGUUUGCUUCACUCAUGUAUUUAAAUUGGAUCUCAGACGAAAAACCCGAGCAAUAG